AUGCUGUUUCUCCUGCUCCGGAGCGGAGCAUCGUACAAAGCAGGGUUCCCGCUCGUGCGCAGGCACCGCUGGUGCGCAAGCAGGUGCCGCGGGCCACGGCCUGGCCAAUUCCACGAAGCGUGCUCGCACCGCAACGUUUCGCAGGGCGCAGAAAGGUAUACUGGGGCUGCGUGCUUCUGCUGGGGACCCACGCCCGCCCCGCCCGACUUGAAUGCAUCAUCCAAGUAUGGAGCAUUACAAUACCCAAAAAGUUGGGCCAUGAAAUCGUCCGCCGAGAUGCCUCAGAGCGCGCGUCACCCAUGCGGCAACGACGCACACAUAGUACAUGGUGUGUCGGAGUCUGGCCGACUCCGAGCCUCGAACACGCAGCGCUGCGAGCCGUUCGCAUAUCUGUCAGAGAGGGACGAAAUGGAGAGGGACGAGAUGGACGAAAUGGAGAGGGACGAGAUGGAGAGGGACGAAAUGGAGAGGGACGAAAUGGAGAGGGACGAGGUGGAGAACCACCGCAAAGUGCCAACGGUGCUGCCACAGUCCCGCCGCUAA